AACACAAGUCAGACAAUAUCGAAGUGGCUGAGAUGAAUGGUAUUUUGUGUGUUUCAAUGGAUUUUCAUCAAAAUGGACUUGUUCUUUUUUGUUAAUACUCGCCCGGUAUUGGUGAUAGCGUCUUACCGUUGGAAAAAUAGUAGCCACAGUAAAAUUAAACAAAUCUUUUGAGGAUAUCAAACCAAAACAAUUGCAUUCAAUCGAUUUUUUUGGGUAGUUCUUAGCUAGAAUCUUGCUGAAGGCAAUACAAUCACUAAUACUGGAGUUAUCAUUUUUUAAAAAAAUCUAUUAAAUCACGCCAAUCAAACAUGCAAAAACCGCGAAUUUUAUUUGGCACAUUACCAUUUUCUGAAACUCUUUCGAUCAUAUUGCACUGUGUUGUUCAUAUUGUUUUUUUGUCGUUCUUCGCCUUAAUGAAUUUUAUUCUGUCUAAAGUUUGGUGAUGAAGAAGAACAAAGUAAAAUGAAUGUAUUAAGUAGCCAUGGAAAUCCUUUGAUGUGUAAAUGUGGAACUUAUUGUCUGUCUGUCACAGUAAGCACAGCCACUCACUCACACACCGACACUAACACAAGCAUGCGGCGCACACCAACAUACUGAAAGAGAGAUACAACGCGUCGAAUGUUAUUAAAUCAAUGAUUGCAUAUGAUUAGCUGAGUCACGAAAACUUGUCAAACGACAAAAGCAUUGAAACGUUAAAUGUGAACAUUAGUCGGUUGUCAAUGUGUUGUGUAUCUUCGCAUGUAAUUUCUUUCAAGUUUUUAUCCUAACUAAACAAAUACCAAAGUGAACUUAAAAACGUCGUAGUUUCACUGUUUUUAAUAAAAAACUUUUAAAAAAAUUUGUAUCCUUUCACAACAAAUACACAAAACAUAUAAACAUGUUUCUUUGGGACUGGUUCAGUAACGUUUUAAGUUAUCUAGGCUUGUACAAAAAAUCUGGUAAACUUCUGUUUUUGGGGUUAGACAAUGCGGGCAAAACCACACUAUUACAUAUGCUUAAGGACGAUAGACUGGCACAACAUGUGCCCACAUUGCAUCCGACCUCGGAAGAAUUGUCGAUCGGUAACAUGAGAUUCACAACAUUCGACUUGGGAGGUCACACACAAGCUCGUCGCGUAUGGAAAGACUAUUUUCCGGCUGUGGAUUCGAUUGUAUUCUUGGUGGAUGCUUGGGAUCGUUCACGUUUCCAAGAGAGCAAAAACGAACUGGAUUCAUUGUUGACGGAUGAAUCAUUGUCAAACUGUCCGGUUCUUAUCUUAGGCAACAAAAUCGACAAACCAGGCGCAGCCAGCGAAGAUGAAAUUCGUAAUUUCUUCGGCCUAUAUCAAUUAACCACCGGAAAGGGCAAUGUUCCACGUUCCGAUCUUCCAGGCCGUCCACUAGAAUUGUACAUGUGCUCGGUUUUGAAGCGUCAAGGUUAUGGUGAAGGUUUCCGCUGGUUGGCUCAAUACAUUGACUAAAUAACAAAAUGGGAUUCUUGCCAACGACGCGCGCAACCAUACACUUACCGGCAACUUUUUAAAAUACCAACCUUUUCACCAGAUGUAUUAAAUUAAAUUUGCAAGCAACAACAACAACAACAACAAUAAGAGAAAAACAAAAAAAAAUGAUAAUUAUCGAAAAUAAGAGUAACUGAUGAAAUCUAAAUAAAAAGCAUACCGUCGAAACAUUAAAGAAACAAUAACAACAAAUAAGUAUCGAAAUUGUCAACCUUCUUUCAACUUUGAACACGAUGAUGAAACAAAUAAACUAUUUAAACGACUUAAGA